AAGGUCUCCUUCGCCAGGCGCUAUGCUGAGUUCCGGUUGUUCCUCGUAUCAAUGCAGGAUUAUUUGUGCUCACGUUCGACAUCUACGUGACAAGGUGCUGGGAGGCAGACAAGGCCUCUCUCCACAAAAUCCUUCUUCGGCGUGAGAGAUUUCUCUCCCAGCGAUAUAAAACUCAAAGGAUGAUAAAGCUGGAUCCUAGCAAGCCACUCAUGCCCCUGGACAUAUUUCUCCUCAUAUGUUUCUAUGCAGAUUCUUGUACCAUAUGUAAGUGUCUGCGUGGAUGUAAAGAAUGGAACGAUGUCUUGAAUGACCACGACGAACAUCUUUGGAGGAUGAAGGUCAAGCCAUUUUCCCCAGAUUGUUGCCUUCCAACUCGAAUGCACGGGGAGAAAUGGAAGGACAUCUAUGCUAUCUACAACAUUUGGUCGCGACCCCUAGUAAUAAAGUCAGUCGCCUACUUCGAAGUACCUACCAUAGGCCCUCAAUCAGAAUUACCCUCUUCUCUGGGGCACGUGUUGGACAAUCAUGUUCUCACCUAUCGUCUCGUUGCUGGGUUCAUUGCAGCCAAAGAAGAUGGCAAGGAUAUACUGUUGUCUAGGAAAUGCGUGACCGCUAAAGAUCGUGUUGUCUACAUACUAAAGGGGGAACUAUGGUCGACAACUUUGCACGGUCGCAAGUUUGGUCCCGACGUGCAGAUUGCCUGCCCCAGACUUGGUCCCGAAACGCGCUUAGAUCCAGCGAUACGAUCUGACACCUAUCCCGUCGCUGGCUCAGACAUGGUAAAAUUUCGACGACUGGACGAUGAUGCUAUCGAAGCAGUGGUAAAUGAGCGCUUGUCAGAAGAGGGCCACCUUUGCGGAACAAUCUAUGCAAUGAACUCGUACGAUGAGAAUCUAAUGCGAGCGUCGCUCAGUUUGAUACGAGUCCCCGAGAACUUCCCGCUUGAUACCUUCAAGACCUCUGGAGAAUCUGAUGGAGAACCAGGAACUGCCAUCCCCCAUGGAGAACAGAUAAGCCGAAUUGACCAUAUAGACGACUCUCUGAAUGCUGUGGCAUUAAAUGAAAAUCUUCUCGCCUAUCGAACUUGGAGUGGGGAUAGUGUUCAUCCAAUUGUUUUCUUGCGAAUACACGAUCAAUCUGAAUAUGCAACUCUAUUACUGAACGACAUGGAGGAUAAUUUAGUUCUGCACCUACUCAUGACGCGAUUUCAUGUAAUCGUAGUCUGCGGAGCAGGUCGAGCCGUGUAUGUGCACGAACUUGCAUCCAUGAAGAGGUUGCAUACAUUCAGCUUGUCCAAAUUGCUUGAUAAACCAAGCAACGUUGACUGGGUGGACGUUACCAUGGAUGAAAACGGUUUGCUUUUUGGCAUGGAAGAUGGCCGGCUUGUGUUCUUGGACCUACAUCAUCAGAAGGCAAAUAUAUAUUGUCGGAUGGUUCCUUGUCAGCAGGAGGCAUUAUGGCUGAUGUAUCGCGAGAGCCAAAUAAAAGGGGGAAGAACAGUCUCGUUGGAAGAUAGAGUAGUGUGCAAAGUGCUAAGAGAGCCGCUUGUAACUAUUUAAAAUUGCAAAUCUAAGCAACGGCUAUGGAACAUAAUCAUCAUCGG